GCGGGAGACCCUAUGGGCUGUGCUGUUGGGAUUAGAGAGCUGCGUCUGUGGUGCUCCCGUGCUGCUGCUCGUUGGCCCACUUUCUCGACUCUUGCACGACUCCUGCGACCAAAAGCGAGUCGCCUCUGGCUUUUUCUCCUCGAGGAUCCAGAGGCCCCCCGGAAGCAGAAGGCAACCCGACUGCUUUGCUAAGGAGCGGGAUCCUUUCAGCCAUGAAGCAUGUGUUAAACCUCUACCUUUUAGGGGCAGGGCUGAGCCUGCUCUCCAUCUUUGUUAGACUGAUGGAGUCCCUGGGGGGCUUACUGGAGAGCCCGUUGCCUGGGAGCUCCUGGAUCACCAGAAGUCAGCUGACCAACACAGAGCCCCCCAACGGCCUUCCAGACCAUCCAUCCAGAGGAGUGUGAUAAAGACUUCCCCUGAGUUGGCCAUACUUUGGAACACUAACUUAAACAUGUCCGUCCCAUUUCCUAGCUGGCAAGCUGAGCACUGGUGUCUAUAGGGAACUGUUACUGGCCCUGGAAGGACUUGUCCAACAGUAUGCUCCUUGCCCUGGAAAAAGAUCCUGUUUAAUGCACAAGUGUGCAUGGGUUGCCUUUGCCUGUGAGAUGGAGUGAUCUCACUCUUCUUCCCAGGGUCUGCUGUGUGCUUUGUUGGCCUCAUCAGUGUGGCUCUGACAUCUCUUAGAUGGAGACUUGGGCUGUAUGCAACUUCAGCUGUUGGGAGAUGUUUUCAACCUUCCUAAACAUCUGCCAAGAGUUCCUUUGGCAUUAGGUGUCAUGUGCUCAGUUUAUUUGGUGUUCAGCUUCUCUUCUGAGAGCUCCUUUAUAUUUGGAUAGCAGUUGAAGAGGUGUGUAGGUUGACUGUAGGGAGGGAGAGGGUGAAAUAUUCAGUGUCAUUCUCAUUAUUCUUUGUUUCACAUUUUAAGGUCUUUCCUCCAACAAAGUGUAUAUGCGAGUGUAUAUGUGGGUCAUGGGAUGACAAAGCCUACUCAAGACAUGGACAUUAUGGCCACCAUGUGGCUUAAAUUAAUUUUUCUAAUGCAAUAAAGUUGAACAUAUG